GCGAUCCGGCGACCAUGUCUAAACAUCAUCCAGAUUUGAUUAUGUGCAGACGCCAACCAGGCAUAGCCAUUGGUCGUCUGUGCGAGAAAUGCGACGGGAAGUGCCCGGUGUGUGAUUCAUACGUACGCCCAGAGACACUUGUCCGUAUAUGUGACGAGUGCAACUUCGGUACUUACGGAGGGCGAUGCAUCAUCUGCGGCUCGCCAGGGAUCUCUGACGCAUACUACUGCGCUGAGUGUACCAGGUUAGAAAAGGAUCGUGACGGGUGUCCGAAGAUCGUCAACCUCGGCGCGAGCAGGACGGAUCUCUUCUAUGAGCGGCGUCGUCUCGGCUUCAAAAAAGGAUAGGAUGUGCUUCCUCCGUCGAGAGCUCUUGUAUCAUAGUGUACAUUACACGUCAUGUACUCCGCCCGUAUGCGUGUGCAGAACAAAAUGCAAUUUGAUUUGUAUACCUACCUACCAGAUUGAUCCGCUGGUGCACGUUA